AUGGCUCGUACAAAGCAAACCGCAAGAAAGUCCACUGGUGGAAAAGCGCCAAGAAAACAGCUCGCUACCAAAGCAGCUCGAAAAAGUGCUCCUGCAACCGGAGGAGUGAAAAAACCUCACAGAUAUAGACCUGGAACUGUGGCUCUUCGAGAAAUUCGGCGCUACCAAAAGUCGACUGACCUGCUGAUUCGAAAGCUUCCAUUUCAAAGGCUCAUUCGAGAAAUUGCUCAAGAUUUCAAGACAGACCUGAGAUUUCAAAGUUCUGCAGUGCUGGCUUUACAAGAGGCGGCCGAAGCUUACUUAGUUGGGCUAUUUGAGGAUACCAACUUGUGUGCAAUCCAUGCCAAACGAGUCACUAUCAUGCCUAAAGAUAUUCAGCUCGCUCGAAGGAUCCGUGGAGAAAGAGCUUAAAGAACAAGCAUUUGAAAUUAUCCAAGACAUUUAGCUCGCUUGAAGGUAUUACUAGAAAGGCUCGUCUGUUCAACUAC